AUGUUCGGUUUCCUCCGCCCCACGCAGCCACUGAGCGGCGGUCUCCUCUGGAAAAUCCCCUGGCGCAUGUCGAGCAUGCAAAAGUACCGUCACCGCCAGCGCCUGCGCCGCGUGGACCGCCUCGUCGAGUGCGUCGACAAUGCGCUCGCAAAGCAGGGCAUGACUGCGGCGGCCGUCGAGCGGUGGAAGAUGGAGAUGCCGACGGAGGCCGAGAUGGAGCCGCGCGACAAGUAUACGCUGUUUGACCGCAAUGCGAAGAAGUACCGGAAGGGGGUGCAUAAGGUGCCGAAAUGGACGCGGGUCAGUCAGAGGGUCAAUCCACCGGGGUACUAG